AUGUCAGAGAGCCUGGAUAUUGAAGAGAAACCUCCAGCUCCUCCCUUGAGAAUGAACAGCAACAACCGCGAUUCUUCGACGCUCAACCACGGCUCCAAACCUUUGCCCAUGGCCCCCGAGGAGAAAAACAAGAAGGCCCGGCUGCGCUCCAUCUUUCCAGGAGGAGGGGACAAAACCAAUAAGAAGAAGGAGAAAGAACGCCCCGAAAUCUCUCUCCCUUCAGACUUCGAGCACACGAUCCACGUGGGGUUUGACGCCGUCACGGGGGAGUUCACGGUAAGUCCUCUCUCCGCUCCGGUGACCGUAGGUGCGUCACAGGCCCAAAAGAAGCUUGGAAUUCCGGAGCAGUGGGCCAGACUAUUACAGACGUCAAACAUAACGAAACUGGAACAGAAGAAGAACCCGCAAGCCGUUUUGGACGUCCUCAAAUUCUACGAUUCCAAAGAGACCGCAAACAACCAGAAAUAUAUGAGCUUUACAUCAGGAGAUAAGAGUGCCCACGGAUACAUAGCGGCCCAUCCUUCGAGCACAAAAACAGCGUCAGAGCCCCCUCUAGCUCCCCCCGUGUCGGAAGAAGAGGACGAGGAAGAUGAAGAGGAGGAGGACGAUAACGAACCACCACCUGUAAUCGCCCCACGUCCAGAACAUACGAAAUCAAUUUAUACGCGCUCCGUAAUUGAACCUGUCGCGGCUCCGGCACCAGCAAAAGAACCCGCCGCUCCCCAACCGGAAAACUCCAACACAAACACUUUGUACAGAAACACAGACCGGCAACGGAAAAAAUCCAAGAUGACGGACGAGGAGAUCCUUGAGAAAUUGCGAAGCAUCGUGAGCGUAGGAGACCCCAAGAAGAAAUAUACACGGUUUGAGAAAAUUGGCCAGGGGGCUUCGGGUACAGUGUAUACAGCGAUAGACAUCGCCACAGGCCAAGAGGUGGCCAUAAAACAAAUGAAUCUCCAGCAGCAGCCCAAAAAGGAAUUAAUAAUUAAUGAGAUCCUGGUCAUGAGGGAAAAUAAGAAUCCCAACAUCGUCAACUAUUUAGACAGUUAUCUUGUAGGUGAUGAACUUUGGGUAGUAAUGGAAUACUUGGCUGGAGGAUCUUUGACGGAUGUUGUUACAGAAACCUGUAUGGACGAAGGGCAGAUAGCUGCUGUCUGUCGGGAGUGCCUGCAAGCACUGGAUUUCUUGCAUUCAAACCAAGUGAUCCAUAGAGACAUCAAGAGCGACAACAUUCUUCUCGGGAUGGAUGGAUCUGUCAAACUCACUGACUUUGGCUUCUGUGCUCAGAUCACUCCUGAGCAGAGUAAACGGAGCACAAUGGUGGGAACGCCUUACUGGAUGGCGCCUGAGGUGGUAACGAGGAAAGCGUACGGCCCCAAAGUGGACAUCUGGUCUUUAGGGAUCAUGGCGAUAGAAAUGGUAGAAGGAGAGCCUCCAUAUCUUAACGAAAAUCCUCUCAGGGCCUUGUAUUUGAUAGCUACAAACGGAACGCCGGAGCUCCAGAAUCCGGAGAGACUCUCGGCCGUCUUCCGAGACUUCCUGAAUCGCUGUCUCGAGAUGGAUGUCGACCGGCGAGGGUCUGCCAAGGAGCUGUUGCAGCAUCCGUUUUUAAAACUGGCCAAGCCGCUCUCCAGCCUGACUCCGUUGAUCAUUGCUGCAAAGGAGGCUAUAAAGAACAGUAGUCGCUAGCCCUCGGGAGUAGCAGGAGCCCGCUCCUUCGCGGCAGGACUGAACAGGAACUCAGCCGAAGCUCAGACUUCUCUGCUGCAGGAUGGGCGGGCAAGCAGCG